AUGCGCCUUGACUUUGGCAAUACUGAGGACAGUUUGGAGCUUAAUGAAUACUCUAUAUUGUUUAAAGCACUGACUGGGGAAACAGCGUGAGAAACAUUCAGGAGAUCUGCUUUCAGAAUCCAUGUGAGAACAUGUACUCAAAACCAGCCCUCCAGUCAGUUUAAUAUAAAUUACAAAACAUGUGAAAGGAAAUUAAAACAAUAUUAGUAAUAAUGACUCAUCCAUGAAGAAUUUUAUACUCUUUACUGGAGUGACUAAAUCCAGCAGAUGGGUGAUUGGCGUUAAAGUGAAUAUGCCAUGACAAGUCAACUUUGGGCUGGAACAUUUCCUUAUGCAGUCAAAAUAUAAUUUACCCCAGUGAUAAAUUCUAUAUUCACCCACGUAAUGAGAUGUUAACUAAAGGAAGACUAUAGCACUGGGAACAGAGGUGACAAUUGCCAUGAGCCCCCCCCACAUACAUAUCCUCUUCCCUCCAGCCCCUCCAUGUGUCACAUUUACACCUCCCAGCCCCUCCAUGUGUUUCAUUCACACCCCACAGGGUGAGUGUGGCAUGUUUGGGGAAAUAAGUAUGACAGAAUUGGAGGGGUUCAUGUGAUAGGUGAAUAUGGCAGGGUGAAAGGGGGAGAGUGAUGGAGAAUGAGUGUGACAGGAUUAGGGGAGUUAUUGAGAGUGUGGCAGGUUGAAGGGGGCAGUGACAAUGUGUGUGGCGGAGUGACAGUUACACAGAUACACAUGCAUAGAAAUGGACAAACAAACACUGACAUACAUGAUGAUACAUACCAUAUAACACAUUCAGAUACAUACAGAGACACACAUACAUAUUCAGAUGCACAGAUACACACACUGACACACAUGCAAAUACACACACACAAAAUAACACACAGAUACACAGACACAUAUAUACACACAGACACACAGACACACAGAAUGACACACAGAAUGAAACUCCAACAGAUACAAACACUGACACACAUACACAUACAGAUACACAGACACAUAAUGACAAACAUUCAGAUACAGAGAAUGACACUCAUACAGAUACAAACAGUGACACAUAUAGCAGACACUGGCAUACAGAUAAGCAGACAUAGAGAUACACAGAAUAGCACACAUGCAGACAUACUCAUACAGACACAAACAUAGGCACACAGAUAUACACACAUAUACAUACAUACAUACAGUCAUGCAAACACAGACACACAUACAGACACACACACAUACAAAAAUGUUUUAGUCACCCUCCUGUUAGCACUGCUCAUCUCUUCGCUCCUGUGAGGUCAUUGUGGAGGUGUUGCUUCUUCCAUCGCUGGUCCAAUUCAAUGCUCCUCAUAGAGCAGCAUUGGGGACCUGAUGCACAUUGAGUUUAAUGCUUUACUAAGAGCUGCAAUGUCAUGUGACUGAGUUUUUACAUUGCUGGGUUAAAAUGGCAGGGCCAUUGCACCCAAACUACUUAAUCGAGAUAAAGCCUUCUGGGUGACUUUGGUGGUCCUUUAAAGGGCCACUAUGACCAUUUCAUUAAAUUGAUUAUGGUGCUUGGAAAUCCCUUGCACUGUCUCGACAUUGAGUGGCGCGUUUCCGAGCAGUGGGAUGGGUUAUGAAAGACUGUUGUUUAGCAUUAAAACAUUAAAAACAGAUUAACACCAAUUGGAAGGAUGCCAUCAGGGGACUCCAUACCCAAUAACCACUUCAUUGAGAUGAGACACUUACAGUUACUGAUUACUUACUUAACCCUAAUUAGACAGGUCCAAUUUGUUUCACUCCGAAUUGCCGAAGUUCCGAAAUUGGUCUUUCAGCCAAAUUUACUAAUACUAAGUAAAGAUUACUUAGUGUUAGUAAAUUAUGCCCCUACUCGCUAUACCGAGGGGCAUGACUAUUAAAGAGUGAGCAGGCACUCUGAUUGGAUGGCUUAAACCAACCAGAGUGCUCUGCGCCUAAUUGCAGGGCAGGGCAAGACUUUAUAAGCCUUCCCCCAGGCUGUAGAGCUCAGUCUGUGCGGAGCCCUCCAUGGGUGAAGAUGGCAUUUAUUUAUUUUUUGCGCUCUGGUUUUUUUUUCUUUUUUUUCAAAGUGAGAUUUUUAUUUGGCAUUUUUGGGGGCUGAAAAAAGAAGAUUUUAGAAAAAAGAAGACAUCAAAGGUAAGUUUUUAUUAUUUGUUUUACAGAUACCUAGUUAUUGGUCCCCUCUCAUUAUUUUUAGGGUGGGAGGGGUUGGUAGGGGUUAAUUAAUUUUUUGGGGAGGGGGGUGACUAGGGGUAUGGGGACUCCUAGUCACCUGGGGGGCCUAAUUUUUUAUUUAGGGCCCCUACCUGCUGCUCAGGGGUGGGGGCCAGAGGGGGAAAACAAUAGGUCCUGUGGGAAUUAGGGAGUUAUCUACUAAGCAGCUGCAAGAGAAGUGCCGAAGUCCCAAAAUGCCGAAGUGCUGAAGUUCUGAACCGAACCGAAGUGCAGAAGUCCCGAAUUUCAGAAUGCCGAACCGAAAAUUUUCCCCAUGCACAUCCCUAACCCUAAUUACUUUUCCUGCAAUGCCUACACAGUCACAGUCAAUGCCUACACAGUGGUCCAUGGGUGUUGCCCAAAUACAGCAGUCACUCUCUUGUCACCCCUACUACUGCCACACUGCUAAAUUGUUGGCUCUCCACAGGAACCCUACCACAAAUAGGGGGAGCCUCCACUGUCAUGCUGGCUUUAUUUCCUAGUGCAUAGGAGCAUUAAUAGAGAGAUGUCUGUUACUGUUCCUGUAAAGGAAUACAUGCACAGUAGUGUGAUGUAAAGAAGGAGAAUCACCUGUAGGAAAGAUCUCAUUCUCACUCAAUCCUCAGCAUAGAAUUCAUUGCCAGAGCCCUGUACAGUGAUAAUUUAUUGACAGAUGGUGACUUCACUUAAAGGAACACUAAAGAUUUAAGAAUACAAACCUAUAUUUCUGACGUUUUAGUGUCCCUGUUCCUAUUUAAAAACAGUACCACCGCAUCCCAGGUUGCCAUAUAAAAUAAUUAACUAAACGUUUUACUUACCCUUUUUCCAGCACUGAGGCUCCUUUGGCGCUGCUUACCUCUCUGCCUCCUGCGACAUUAAGGAGGAAGCAUGACCUCCUCUGUGGAUGUCCAUUGUCCAAUCCAAUGAUCCUUAUAGAGGAACACUGUGGACCCAAUGCACAUGUGAGGCAAGUGCCAUGCAUGCAUCCAAAAUAGAAAAGCAUUGAAACUAUGUUUUCCUAUGGGGGCUUCUACGUGACCAAGUUUUACUCUGUCAGUGCCACAAAUGCGCCUCUAGUGGCUGUGAGUAUGACAGCCACUGGAUGAGGAUUUAACCCAGCGCAGUUUCUUAAAAAAAGAAAUGUUUCACAUUGCAGGAUUACAGAGACAAGAGCACUGCAGCCAGAUCACUUUAUUGAGAUGAAGUGGCCUGUGUAACUUUAGUGGUCCUUUAAAGUGCUACACAUUUGCUAAGCUCUCUAGCAGUACUGCAGAUACAAAGUAUAGGUGAAGUUGAAGUUGAAUGUAUGAACCCUGGCAGGUACAAUUAAAGAUGUAAAAUGGUCUCAAGAUAAGUGUGUAACUCCUCAAAUCCCAGUAGAUCAACCCACACCUUAGGCUGAAAAAAAAACUGAAAUAGAGAAUAGGAAUAGCAAAAAGAAGAAAUCAAAUUGCUGCAACCAGGAGAUAGUUACUAACACUAACAAUUGUUUAAAUGGGUUUAUUUAAAACCCCAAUAUUUGAAUCAAAUUUGAAUCAAAAGUUUGCAGAAAUGGUAGCUCCGCUGAACAAUAUAACACUGUUGAUACUUGUUGAUACAAUAUAUAUAUAUAUAUAUAUAUACCUGGUUUGUGCAUACUGAAGCUGUAACUGUUACCAUUACAACUGUUACUGAAUAACAGUGUUAUAGACCUACCACUUCUGCAAACUUUUGAUUCAAAUAUUAGGGUUUUAAAUAUACCCAUUUAAAAAUUGUUUGUGUUAGUAACUAUCGCCUGGUUGCAACAAUUUGAUUUCUUCUUUUUGCUAUUCCUAUUUACAAUUUCAGGUGUACCUGUUUAAAUCUUGGCGUUCUUGUUGCCAUGCACAACAAAAAGCUUUUCAGAUUGCUUAUGGUACCAAAUCAGGUGCAUGCACCUUUCCCAAGUGCUGUUAUAGUUGUCUCAGACUCCAUAUAAAUUCUAACAGGUGCAGGGGUUCUCAACCCAGUCCUCAGGACCCCCUACCAGUCCAGGAUUUGGGGAUUACCUGGGUGUGUCUCAGGUGUUUAGAAAAAGGGGAAAAAACACCUUAGACUCACCCAGGUAAUCCCUAAACCCUGGACUGGUAGGGGGUCCUGAGGACUAACGUUGAGAACCCCUGGGUUAGAGCAUAUCUCAUGUCUUCACCAAAUUACAUUCCAGAGUACCGUGUGCUUGCAUUUUCCUUCUUUUUUCCCCCUACCUUGGACAUUAACCCUUUGGUACAAAACAGAGAGGCAGUGACUCCAGAGCAGUGUAUGUAUUUCAAUACCAGGUGUUUGUCAUUCAGGUGAAUUACAGGGGAAACUUUUAUAAAAUCUGUCACUAGCGGUUAGAACAAAAUUAAGAAAACAAAAAUUACAGACCUGUUAGUAUACUUUCCAUGCCAUGUAAAUACUCUUGGUGUGGUUUAGGGUUUAAUUGUUUAAUUAUAUUUCAUUCCACUGUGGCCAAUGAAUGUAGAAUGAGUUUGUAUGCUCAUAAAGAGUUAAAAUGUUGCUUUGAUAAGAACCAUUUUUAAGUUCUAGGAAAGGUGACCUUUAUGACAUCUCGGGUGACACUUAGUUCCUCGUCAUAAGUAGUUGUGUCAUUAUGAACCCUGGACUUUUACCCCAAAAUGUGUCUGCGUGUCUGGGGGCAGAGGGUUCUCCUACACAGACACGUGUUAGUGUUGAUAAAUAAAAAUAGGCUCCACCCAUAAUAAUAUACUGGUAAUUGUAAAUACAUACACUAUGCUUUCUCUCUCUAUGCAUAUGAAUAUAUAUGGAAAAAAAAUAUUCAAAGCAGCUAUAUUCCCAGUGCAACAAAUCUGGCCUUAAAAUUGCAAAUCCUGCAUGCAUUUGCAAUGAUUAAUGAAUAACAUUGUUGCUCCUAAAAAAAUUAAUUACUAUGGUUUUUCAUAACUGAAAUAGCCGGUAAUAGCAUUGCUAUAAUUAAGGCUUCAAGUGACAAAAAGAAAAAAAGAGCAAUAGAGAAUGUUUCUUCUGUGUGAAAUAAUUAAAUUGAGCUAAUCAGCUAUCUGUUGUAAUACGGCAUGGUCAUGUUUGGGUGUUUAUUCAGACCUCUGCUAGAGGAUCAGAGCAUGGGGCGUAUAUAUACCACUUAGGAGAAAAAAGAACAUUGUUUAAAAAAUGUAUAUGUAUGUGUAUAUAUAUAUAUAUAUAUAUAUAUAUAUACUGUAUAUUAUAUAUACACAUGUACCUGAUACUGCACUGCUUCUGUACCUCCAUCUUUAACAAUGCAAUAAACAUGUCCUACAUGAGACAAAGUGGCCCCCUGAUUUGUCUAAUGUGCAUCAAAGAGAUUCAAUUUUUUCAGUUUUUCAUGUCUGUCUUUAUAAAAACUCAGAUUUGAGUGCUGAAUUGUAUAUACAGUGCAGAGAGCAAGAAACACGUGCUCCACAUCUAUUUUCUGACCGCAGUAAACCCUUUUUAAAAUAGACAACCUGACGAGUUUCUUGCAAUUCCAAUCAGAAAAUAUAACCUGCCUUACAGGUGGUAGUGAUGACUUCUUUCUUUUUUUUUUUUCUUUUUUUUUUUGAAUAUGCAGUGUUUAUUUACAUUUGUAAAUAGUGACCAUUUUCAUGUCAAAGGGAAUUUUUAGACAAUCAGUUUUCAUUGAGGUAAAUGCAAACAGACCUAGUAUACCAAACUUACAUGAGUCAAGGUAAAUUUCAAGUUUCGACUCAACAGAUUAGCCGAAUAUGAAUGGCAGAGGCAGUGACUGAAAAGACCAGUCCUUGGAGCAGUCCAGAUCAUUUAACAAAUGCCAGUUCUAGAGGCUUGAUCAACUUGUAGGCAAGGUCAACCACCACCUGACCCUCUGCUGAUGAGACGAGAAGAGACGCUAUACCAGACAAUCUAGAAAACCAGAUUUAAACCCAAAAGGGAAUCGAAGCUAAGAUGUAGAGAAAAACAUGCUUUUCCUGUCCUCCAGCCUCUGUGAGAGAGUUGUGGGUAACAAUCGCAUGGUGCUUUCCUACUGAAAAAUGAUGGUCACUGGAAACGUUGCUCACUACUCUAUCCAUGUUUUGUCAGUACCCAGAACCACCUGAAUUCUAUUCAAGACAGGAGAUUGAGUUGGCCCUCAUCAGGACUGUGUACUGACCCCAACUUCUUGUCUCAGCUGCAACUGCUUCUAGAAUAUGCUGCAUAGAAGAUGAUGUGAGGGCAUUUCGAAUUGCUCAGGCAACGCCACUAUCUUAGGAAAGUCAAGGCUGACCAAUAAACAGAAUACUUGCAGUAUGGAGCAGUGGCGGAUCCAGAGCCUGAUCUCGGGAGGGGCACUUGUAGAUUAUUUAAAUAAAUAAUCCAGGCACAAUAACCACUAGAGCUCAGUGUAGUAGUUAGGGUGCCAGUAGUGCCAGGAUCCCACCCCAGAGUAAGUAGUCAUACUGUUUAAGAACAGUUUGACAACUUACCUGGGGUCUGCUGGGAUAUAGGGCAUAGGAGCAGUGGUGUGUGUUAGGGGUGAAGUGUGUGAGCGGUGAAGUGUGUGUGUGAGUGCGGCAGUGUAUGUCAGGGUUGCAGUGUGUGUGUUAGGGGGCAGUGUAUGUGUGAGGGCAGUGUGUGUGUGUGUGAGGGUGGCAGUGUGUGUAUGGGGGCACUGUGUGUAUGGGGGGCAGUAUGUCUGUGUGGGGCAGUGUGUGUAUGGGGAGCACUGUAUGUAUGUGUGGGGCAGUGUGUGUAUGGGGACAGUGUGUUGUGGGGCAGUGUGUGUAUGGGGACAUAGUUUUUGGGGCAGUGUGUGUAUGGGGGGCAGUGUGUGUAUGGAUACAGUGUGUGUAUGGGGGGCAGUGUGUGUAUGGGUACAGUGUUUGUGGGGCAGUGUGUGUAUGGGGGGGAAAGGAGGGUAGGGAAGCUUUUUAAUAAUAAUAAAAAAUGUAUUUAAUAAAAUAUAUAUAUUUAAGUUCCCCCUUCUUUCUUACCUCUACUGGGAGGAGGGGGGGCAUAUUUCGUUCCCUGGUGGUGAAUCCCUGGUUGUCCCAGUGGUAGUGAGGUGAACUCUAGCCCACUCCAAAUCUCGCGAGAGGAGGACCCGGAGGAGUCACUCCCCUGCCGGCUGUCAGCACGGUGCCUGCGGACCGGGGAGGGAGAUCUCUGAUCUCCCUCCUUGGUCCACAGGCACAUAGCAGGGCUGGCACUUGGACAAUGCCAGCCCUGCACUAGCCAUCAGGGGAGAAUCUCGGGGGGGGCAAUUGCCCCGUUGCACCACCCGGAUCCGCCAAUGGUAUGGAGCCAGUUAAGCAAAAAGUGCCACAGGCGAGUGGGGGAAGAAAUAGGGAUCUUCUGAUGAAAGAGUGACUGAGGGUUGAGAGGUCAGCCACCUCCCUUGCACCCAUGUCACCAAGUAGGCUACAGGAUUUUCCUAAAUGAUAUUCACCAAAAGUGAUUGGAAAUGCCUCCAAAAUGCUUGCUUGUUGAGCCCUCGAAAGUGAACAGUAACAACAGUAGUUGUAAUGCCAGUAAAUGUGAUCAAAGAGUCCUCAAAAGGUAUACAAUUCAGCUUUUCUCUCAGAGCUCAAACAAUGUGCAAUUGAUCAGCAUGGCAGUGUGGAUUUGCCCAUUUCAUGGUGUUUGGAGUGUUCCUAUAAAGGAACACUAGGCACUAUAACCAUUUCAUCUUACUGAGUUGAUUCGAGUGCCCGGAGUCCUAUGGCUACUAUACACCUGACUUUAGCUGUAUAUGUCCUCAUUUUUUAACAUUUGUCAUUUGUCUGGAAGACAGCUUAGGUAUAACUGGAAAUAUCUAGCCAAACACAAAAAGUGCAGUCCUGUUUAUUUUUGGCCAUACAAUGGUCACUAGGUCCUUCACCCAUAAUACAAAAUAACGCCCGGGCGUUUUUUCCUUUUUAUUUUGUAUUAUGGGCACUGGGCAUUGUUUGAUUUAAUCACUCUCCUACUUUAAACAUGAUUUUGAUAUUCACUAUCUAAUCUUUCUGCUUCUAUGCCUGUCUAGCUAAUUAACCAGGAAGAGAGGCUUUAUAAAAUUCUACUGUCAGUUUAUUUGAAACUGACCUAUUGAUCUAACAUAACCUUCUCUCCACACUGGCUGUCUGACAGUAUUUCUCCUCUGAAAUCUAGCACUGUUACCCUUUCUAGACCUACUUAGAUUAUGUUGCUGUAAUCAUCACUAGCUACAGACUGACUGUCAUCCACUGUAACCAUAUUAUAACUACUACAGAGACACUUUGGAUUCCUCAAACUAUAUAUUUUGUUCAACCUGUGAGUACAGAUUCUGAAAUUCCACCUUAUAGGGUACAGUGUCACUAAGAGGAGUGGCAUUGAUUUUUCUCUUUUAAGUCAGUUUUUCAAUAAAGAUAUAUCUUUUAGUACCUUGGAUCACAUCCCUAUACGUAUAUGUGAGUUACCCUUACCUGGCUCAUAUCCUGGUUGCAUAGUUGCAUUAAUUACACUUGUAUAUACUUUAUUUUUCACUUACUUUAUGGUCUCACUAUUUAGAUAUUAUUUUUCGAUAUAUUAGCCAGUACAUUAUUACCCUGAUUCUACAUUGCUAUAUAUAUAUCCAGGUGAUGUGCCUGAUCUCAGGGCUUUGUUUGCACUGAGACCAGUAGCAUCUUUGCUCCUGUUUUUUUUUGUCUAUUUCUCACAUCGGGGUUAACCCCCUGGAGACCCCUGGAGUCUCCUUGCGGUACUGAAGACUAGAGGUUACACCCAGCACUAUUACCUUAGGGUAGAGUGCAGGGGUUUGUACUCACUGUCUUCUAUCCUUCUCUGUCCCAUAUAUAUCUUCUGACUGCUUGAGAAUUUCAAAGACAUUUUUAUUUAACUAAAAUAGAAUGCAAAUGAAGUAGACCGAUGGGCAGAUUUCCAGAGUCAACAGCCUGGAACCUAUUUUAUAAGUCAUCUAUUGAUUAGAUGAUAGCUGAAAAUCUAUUUGAAUAUGUUUAUAUUCUGCCAUGGUUGAAAUCGUUUUUAAAGAUUGACUAUUAAAUUAAAGACAUUUUGAAUAAUACCAAGUAGGGGGUCUCCACAAAAUAUAUUAGGACAAGCAAUAAUGUACAAAGGGAAACUGAAGAAAGUAAAAGUGUGAGGACCAUUGCAGGAGGUAGGAGUGGUUUAGUGGGUGGAUAGAUAUUUAUCACACAUCACCUCAUCUUACUGCAGUCUAUAAAACCAUUAGACACAGCAGUUGUAUAAUAAGUUGAUUCAUUAGCAAGAGAUGUAUGCAUCUUGAGGGAUAGUGCUGCCUCUUUCUUGCACUUCCCACGUUCAUUUUCUUGCUUUUUUAGGAUGUUGUGGAGACUCUGUGUGCUAAUGGGAGUGCAUCUCUUGGCUGCCUGGGGUGGCGUGGAUGGCAAGGAAUCCUAUGCCAGAUACAAGAGGAGUUGGUUGAUGCCAGGGACAUUGUGGUGUGGAACUGGAAGUGCUGCAGAAAACUUUACCAGUCUGGGUGAGGAUAUAAAACAUACACACAGUAAAAUACUUAUACACUCUAAAGCACUGCACACAAACUCAUCAAUGAUAAACCAAUACAUAGAAACGCACACAGAGACACAACAAACAAUUGACAACACAUGCACUCUCUGCAAAACAUAGAAACUGAUGUACAUUUAGGAAAACACACAAUGAUUCACAUAUACACUCGAUGAUAUAUGCAUUCAGCAAAAUGGGUAGUUACAUGUGUUGCUUGUUGUAUUGUGUGUGAUACACAUAUCCAUUCAAUAAUGUACACAUACAGUGAUACACAUUUACAAUCAGCAGCAAAUACCAUCAUGUAUACAGUAUAUACUUAGCAAUAUACAUUCAGCAACACACCCAGAGAGUCACCUACACUCUCAGCAACACUCACAAGGAUAUAAACAGCAACACAAACAGUAAUAAACAAUUAUAUUCAACAACAUGGAUAUUUAAAGAAACACUCCAAGCACCAUAACCACUAUAGCCUGCUACAAUGGUUAUGGCGCCAGGACUACCUAGUGCUCUUCCAUAGUAAGAUGUCAAGCCGUUGUAGUGCAGGCAAACCAGCAGGACCCAAGUAAGUUGAUGAACCACGCUAGACUGGCUUGACUGUUGCAGUUAUGGUGCUUGGAUCAUUCCUUUAAUGGUACACAUAACUUAGCAAAUCAAACCCAUGGUGAUAUAUAUACACUCAAUAAUACACUCCCAAAAAUAUCUAUUUGAACUCACAUCAAUUCACACUUUAGUGAACAAUACUGAUACUCUCUUCAACACACCUGCAGCUGUAUAUGAAUACACUAACAUGGUUAUUCACGUAACACAGAAUUGAGGUGAAUUUAAAUUUGCAUAGUAAAAUGUAAGUUAAAAGGCAGUAACUGUCACUGACUUAUAAAAUGUUAACAUGUCAGCUAUUGUGGCUAGAUUUUGUCAUUUAGAUUUCAAUUUACUACAGUUAGGAAUUUAGUGAAUAAUGCUACUGGGUAUGUGCACACUCAUUGUUUUGUGAUCCAAACUUGUACCUUAACCAAAGUUAGUACUGUUUUCUUAAUACCUAGGUGUGUUCCAUGGAGCAGAUCUAUGCUGUAGGGAGCAUGAUCACUGUACUCCUCAAAUACAAUCCUUUGAGUUCCGGUACGGAUGGCGAAACUAUCUUCUGUACACAGUAUCACACUGCGAUUGUGACCACAGGUGAGUUUAGCACUACAUCAAAAUACCAAAUUCCUGAUUCUGCCACUUUUUUAAUGGAAGCGAAAGCAGAUCCAGCUGUGUGCUCGUUUAUUUUAAUUUGGAACAAAAUUAAUUAAACCACUCGCAAGGCUCCAGCAAGACUUCUCCAUAAAUGUCUCAAGUUAUUUUGGCAGUGAUACACUGGGAUUUAUUUUGUAACAUCUGAAUUCCAGUGAAGUUAAAUCAGAAAUUUAGGUUAAAAUAGACAAAUUGAAACAAUUCUAUAAUCACAGCUUUGCUGUUUUAGUCUGAUUUUUAGCAAUUAGGUUUUCAAUUCGCUACAGUAUGCUGGUUCUUGUUCUAUGCCAGGGGUAGUCAACCUGGUCCCUACCACCCACUAGUAGGCGUUUUAGGAUUUCAGGUAGCCGGUGGUGGGUUCUGCCGUUGGCCUCGAUGGCUGUUGACCAAGAUGGGCAGGGGAGAUACUUUCAUCUCCCCUGCUGGCCCAUGCAGAGCCAGCCUUCCUGUAACCUGUUGACCAAGAUGGGCAGGGGAGAUACUUUCAUCUCCCCUGCUGGCCCAUGCAGAGCCAGCCUUCCUGUAACCCCUCUGGGGCAGGUGAGGAGAGGGGUUAGAGAAAGGUUGGCACUUAAUUUCAGCAGAGAAAUAAGUGCUGGUACUUAGUUCUAGCAGAGGGAGGGAAGGGCCUGGGAGGCUCUGUGUUCCUCCAGUGAGCAGGCUGGUCACCAUGUGUUACCAUGGCAAUGCUUCGAUACAGUGCUGUCCUUGCAGGAGGACAGGAGAGUCAGCCUGCAGCUAGUGGAGCUGCAGGCUAAAAUGAACAUGCCACCACUGGACCACCAAGGCUUGCAGCAUUAUGUCCCCCCUCCCUGGUAAAAGAUAAGAAGAUGGGAGGGAGAGACAGUAAGAUAGAUUUUCACAUCUCACCCACCUACACACAGCAUAGACACUACGCACCCUUCACACGCAAACACACACUACACCCCUCAGCUUCACACAUACAUCCUGACUGCCCGCCUCACACGCACUCCACCCUUGCCGCCCUAGGCAAAACAUUUUUUGACCGUGAGUAUGCCUACAAUGCCCACCCAUAAAUCCACCUACAUGGCCCACACAUGAGUUCUCUCACAGGAAGUGGAGUGUAUGUGUGUAGGGGAUGUUUUAUGUGUUAUUGUAGAGGAUGCAAUGUGUGUGUUCUUAUAGAAUGUAGUGUAUAGGGAUACCAAUUUCUGUAAGGGAUGUAGUGUGUUUAUAGGGGAUGCAGUGUGUGUUUGCGUGUAAGGAAUGCAUUGUAUGUUUCUGUGUGUGUGUGUGUGUGUGUGUGUAAGGGGUGCAAGGUGUGUUUCUGUGUAUGUAAUUGAAUGCAGUCUGUGUCUGUAAGGUGUGCAUUGAUUGUGUAAGAGAUGCAUUUUGUUUCUGUGUGUAAGAGAAUGAGUGUUUGUGUGAACGUAAGGGAUGCAUUGUGUGUUUCGGGUGUGUCUGUGUGUGAGUAGGAAUGCAUUGUAUGUUUCUGUGUGUGUGUGUGGGAAUGCAUUGUGUAUGUGUGUAGUGUAAAAGAGAGGGUUUGUGUGGUAGGAUAGGGACUGAGAGGGGAGCAGUUCUUUAUUUUUUUAAAAUUGUUUUCAUAGUGCUCUCCCCUCAAUUACUGAUUUCCCCUUCCCUUCUGUCCCUUAGUGCUCUCCCUUGGCCCCCUGUCCCUCUGCAGUCCCCACUGGGUGUUCCUCUCACCCCCCUCCCCUUAGUGGUCCUCCAUCCCUCCCCUUAGUGGUCCUCACUCUCCCAAACCCCUCAGUAGACAUUCCCCUCCUCUCCCCACCCAUAGAGCCAAUUAUACUAGGCUCCAAGUGUCAGGGCAUGUGUGACUUUAAGGGAGACACUACCCUUCUUGUGUACAGGAAACAGUAGAGUGUGCACUGGAUGGUAUUAAUAAAAUAACACUUUAUUACUUAUCACAAAAUAUGAGAUAUACAUGGACUAUAUGUACCUUUUUGCUAGUGAUUGGACUUGUGUAAAGUAUAAGUAUAAUGGGCUCUAUUAUAGGUGAGCAAGUCUUUGUACUGCUAUUUUUUUGCUACAACCUCAUCUCUACAAUCCUGCACUAGAGUAUCUUGUUUUCUCUUUGUUUCUAUAUACCUGAGAACCACUGGGUCAAGAAUCUGGAGAAGGUUUGGUAUGACCUUACAUACCCCUGCUUUUAAGACUUGAGCCUAUACUAGUAAGGCUCUAUACCAUGUGAGUCUAACCCAUAUCUCCCAUAUAUCAUAUCCUGGUUUCAUAGACAUACUGCACCAUUAUUUGUCUGAAUUUCUCUAAUUUAGAAAUUAUUGUUUGUAUACACCUCUACAAAAGGGAGAAUAUUAUCAUCCACCCAACUCCCCUAUUAUAUGAUAGGGUAAGCAUAUUUUAUCAGCGCUCCACUGUCAGAAUUAUGUUCACUCUCUCUCUCUAGUUAUUUGUGGAGAAUAUUUGGGUAAGCUGUUAUCUCCCUUUAAUGACAAUACAACAAUUCUCCAUUCUUUCACACACACUUUGAAUAUCCCAUACUCCUUCAAGACUCUUACACCCUAAAUGAUAGUGAAUUAGAGAUGACAGCAGACAAGAAGAAUGAGGGAAUUAUUAUAGACAACAAACUAGGCACCAAUGUGCAAAGUCAUUUGGGAGUUGCUAAGGCCAGUAAGGUUUUGUCAUGUAUAAAUAAAGCCAGUAUAAAUAUAUUUUUGCCUCUUUGUAAAUCACUGGUAAGACCCCAUCUUGAAUAUGCUGUGCAAUUUUGGGCACCUGUUCUAAAGAAGGAUAUUAUGGCACGAGAAAAAGUACAGAGUAGGGCUACAAAUUUAAUAAAAGGAAUGGAGCGUUUUAGUUAUGAAGAAAGGUUAACAAAUUUAUAUUUCUUUUUGUUUUGAAUAACGGCGCUUCAGAGGGGAUAUGAUAGCGUUAUAAAAAAAUAUCCAGCGCCAUUACAAUACUAUACAUAGGACACAAGGUCACACUUAGACUAGAAGAAAGGAGAUUUAGUCAAAGACAAAGGAAAGGGUUUUUUUUUUUUUACCGCUAACACAAUAAGGAUGUAGAAUUUUCUGCCAGAAGAGAUGGUUUUAUGAAAGUCUGUACAGAUGUUUAAACAGCAAUUGGAUAAAUACUUGCAAAUACAUAAUAUUCAGGAAUAUAAUUUUUAAUUAGUGGGGUACUAGCUUCUUGAUCUAAGAUAUAUUUGACUGUCAUUCUGUGGUCAAGAAGGAAUUUUUCCUUGUUAGUUGCAAAAUUGGAAGCGCUUCGGACUGGGAUUCUUUGCUUUCUUUUGGAUCAUCAGCAAAAAAUAAUGUGAGAAAGAUUGAUCUUGGCACAUGUCUCUUUUCAGCUAUGUAACUAUGUAAUUCUCUUCAGAAGAGGGACUCUGCGUAUUUGAGAACUUGUGAAUUUACAUGUUAGGAUGCAGUUGCCCCUAUAAUAUUUGUAUGCUUAAUAUAUGCUGCACUAGUGUUAAUUUCCCUCUUGGUCAAUUGUCUUUAUACAUGGCUCAUCGAAGCAAUCACUAAUUUAAUGCUUUGGGCUAUAGCAGAUCUUUUGAAAAAAAUUUAGACAUCACAUUAUCAACCUUUCAGUAGUAAUUGUUUUCGUUGGUCUGUUGUAAAAUGUUUCAGUAAUCCAUUCAUUGUCUUCUGCUAUUAAACACUAAUUACGAAGCUCAUUGGCAAUUAAAAAGUUAGCCCUGGUGAGUAGAAAUUCUAUGUGCCAUGGACCCUCCAAACUUGCAGUUGUGAAUAUCUUUUAUAUGGCCUGGCUAGUAGCCUUGGACUUGAAAUUUUAAGCCCUGCUCAUUAUAUUAUUGCAUUGUGCUAAAACUCAUAACUAGUGAUGUCCCGAACGGUUCGCCACGAACGGUUCGCUGUGGACUCAUCAUUGAGUAAACUUUGACCCUGUACCUCACAGUCAGCAGACACAUUCCAGCCAAUCAGCAGCAGACCCUCCCUCCCAGACCCUCCCACCUCCUGGACAGCUCACUAAGAAUGCAGCUUCACUUUGAAUGUAAAAUAGAUGCUGUCUAGGAGGUGGGAGAGUCUGCUGCUGAUUGGCUGGAAUGUGUCUGCUGACUGUGAGGUACAGGGUCAAAGUUUACUCAAUGAUGAGUCCGUGGCAAACCGUUCGUGGCGAACUGUUCAGCGAACCAUUCGGGACAUCACUACUCAUAACUCAUAACAUAAUUGUGCAUUAUCAUUGUCUGUUAUUGCAAUGUCUCUCUGCACCCAUCGCACACUCUGCGUUUCUCAAACUUAUUUUACCAAAUCGUUAUAUAAGCAACUCAUGUCUGCUCAACUUCUGUUCUUGUCAAUUUUCAGGUUCAGAAUGUGCCUCCAUGCUAUCAAUGACACAAUCUCCACAUUGGUUGGCAAAGUGUACUUCAACAUUUUCCAGGCACCAUGCUUCACUUUGAAGGACGAGGAACAGUGUACAGAUUGGCACUGGUGGGGAGGGUGAGUUUUCAAACUCUUGUGCUAAACUGAUGCACGUAGUAGAGUACUAGUUUAGGACUUCCAUUCACAAAUAUUUUAAGAUAAAUUGUAGUCUUAAUUUCAAAGACCUCCUAGUCCCAUAAUAUCCCUCAUGAUUGUGUAUAUCAGUACCAUUCUGCUAACUAACUGGAUCCCACAUUUAGAACCCCUCUCCAUCCCAGGUCAUAUGUUACUUAGUGAAUCAUCCAUUUGAAGAAAACAUAUUAAAAAUGUGCAGCAGUGACAGAAAUUGUUAUAAGCAUUUAAUUUUAUUACUAGCAUUUAUAAAGUGUUAAAAUAGUCUGCAGCUAUUUGCAAUUUCCAUAUAACAGUUGUAUAUAGGGGUUGUAGGCAGGGGCGUAUUAGCCGCGAGGCAAACAAGGCAUUUGCCUUGGGCGGCAUUUUUCAGGGGGCGGCAAAAAACGCCGCCCCCCAAAUGCCCAGGGCAAAUGCCUUGUUAGCCUUGCGGCUAACUGACAUCCCGAGCGGGCGGCGCUGGCAGGCGGGCGGCUGGCGAGGGAGCACUUCCUAUGAGCUGACUGCUCAGCUCCCUCGCGCGCCGCAGAGUGAGGCUGGGAGCCGAAAGAUGACGUCAUCAUCCGGCUCCCAGCCUCACUCUGCAGCCGGCGUGCGAGGGAGCUGAGCAGUCAGCUCAUAGGAAGUGCUCCCUCGCCAGCCGCCCGCCUGACCUGCAGCCACCGGACCACCAGGGAUAGAGACCCCCCCCCUCAGCACUCCCAAAGGUAAGGAGGUUGGGGGGGGAUUUAAAAAAAAGUUAAUGUGUGUGUGUGUGUUUGUGUCUGACUGUGUUUGUGAGUGUGUGUGUGUGUUUGUGUCUGACUGUGUGUGUGUUUGUGUCUGACUGUUUGUGUGUAUGUGUCUGACUGUGUUUGUGAGUGUGUGUGUUUGUGUCUGUGUGUGUGUUUGUCUGUGUGUUUGUGUCUGACUGUGUGUGUGUUUGUGUAUGUGUCUGACUGUGUGUGUGUGUGUGUGUGUGUCUGACUGUGUGUGUGUCUGACUGUGUGUGUUUGUGUGUUUGUGAGUGUGUGUGCGUGUGUCUGACUGUGUAUGUGUGUGUGUGUUUGUGUCUGACUGUGUGUGUGUGUCUCUGACUGUGUGUGUCUCUGACUGUGUGUGUGUGUGUGUUUGUGUCUGUGUAUGUGUCUGACUGUGUGUGUGUGUGUAUUUAGAAGGUGGGGCGGGGGGGAGGGUUCGGUGGGGGUGGUGCGGGGGGAGGGGGGCGCCUGAGUUUUGUCCUGCCUAGGGCAGCACAAAACCAGGAUACACCACUGGUUGUAGGUCUACCAGCGAAGACUGUUAUCGAGAUCAGGGCAUAUAGUCAUCAGCUACAGCUACCCCAGCUAGGCUGGACUCCAAAAAGGCUUAUCCACUCAGGCAGGUAUUGACCCCUCUGCCCACCCUGCUUCUCCCAUGCAGUAAACUGUAUAAUGACGAUGAUAUAAUUGAAAGCAGUUUUUAUGUCAAAAAAUGCAAAAAUGAACCCUACCUUUGGCUUGUGUUUGAGACUAAGUGGCUAUUAAAAAAACUGGACAUACCCCAGUUUAAAUACCCUGGAUUGUCAAGUUUUGCAAAUGAUAUGCCAUGAUGGUAGUAAUUUUCAUUCCUGGGCUACCAUAAGGUCUCAAAAUCUGGCAAAUUUCAAUGUCCAAAAACUGAGAUUGCCAAAUUUCUCACACCUUUUUUAGAUUUUAUUCAUAUUAAAUUGUGUUUCAUAAAUAUUUGAUGUGAAAUGAAAACCCUUUAGUUUAUACUGAGCAAAAUUAUAUAUAAUAAGUGUGGGUACACUUAAUAUGGAAGAGGUAUAGUACAAAUUCAAGGUUUAGUUUUGUUUUUGGUCAGAACUUAUAUAAUUGCCUCUGUCCUUAAAGGGGUUUUUGCGCAUUGAAAAGGUCUGUUUAUUUUUAAACCACUUUCUCAAUAAUGCAAUAAUCCUAGAUAUUUAGUGAAAUGAACAAGCUAUUUAUGUUUGGGAAGUUCUGUACUAAAUGAUAUUUAUGUCAGAGUUCUAAAGAUAUUUUAAAGAUAGUUUCUUUCAAAUUAAAAAAGUCAUAUUUGUGUUAUAUGCUUAAAUUCCAUACCGGCAAAUAUAUACAAAUAUAAAUAAUAUUCUUUAUAUAUCGCCCCUAACAUAGUAGGCUGUUAGAGGGUGGGUUGAAGAGCUAAAGUUCAGGGGGAUGGGCUUUUUUUUGCUGAAGAUAUCUUCAGUGGCAAGAUAUUAGUACUUUUAUAUUUUAGUGUUUUCUAUAUAGUAAUUGAAGCAGCCAUCUGAAAGGCAAAUGCACUAGGCUUUAAAGAGGAAACUUGCAGGGCAUGCUCUGUGCUCUGGUCCUGCUCAGUCACUCUACACUAUGGGAAAUUCAUAGCUGGCGAUAGAGGUACCGUGUGCACUCUCCUCCCUGCUUUUUAAUUCAAAACAGAUCACCUCCUCCCUUUAGUAUGUUAUUACUAACAGGAAACAUAUGGAGCAGGGUUAUGGGUGAUGGUCACUCUGCACCCACUCCUUUACACUGGUUGCAUGGAAUGCAUUAGACAGCAUUGGGGGGAGGGGGACAACAGUUCAGGGGUUGCAGGGUGUCUCUGGGGGUUUGCACUGGAUGCAGCCUUGAAUCAGGGGCCCAUGCAUUUUGCUUUUGACUAACGCUUCAGCAGAUUUUGGACUUUAAAAACAUCUCUGAUAAUAUCUAUAUAUUCUUCUCUUUUACAGAUGUAAAAAGUAUGGUUUGGUACCAAAGGCUGAGGUACAGAAACAGGCCCCUUUCAACUAUAUCACUAAUUCUGUCACUACUGCCCGCUUCAUUCAAGGAGAAGCACAAACAAGGAUCAAGUCUCGUUCUGCACUUACCUCCAAAAGGGGCAGAGCUAAAGCUCCAGUCAUAUCAUAUAAUGUUACAGACUUUUAUACCCCCUUUCCAUACAAUGGGAAGUACCCUUCCACAUCAUAUUCUCAAGACCCAAACACUAACAAGGACAAGCACAGCACGCUUCUGAAGUUACAAUCAAAACAGGGGAAAACGGAAAGAGACAAUAAACAUGUGCAGUUGUACAACACUACAAAAGAGAGAGUCAGGAACUUGUCAAAAGAGGGUGGGCCAGGAAACUUUUUGAUGAAGCAGAAAAUGAAACAGAUGAGACAAGCAGAGACUAAAGGAAACUCAGGAAAAGAGAGAGUUUGGAAUUUGUUAAAAGAGGGCAGGCAAAUAAGACUCCUGAGGAAGAAAAGUAAGUUGUUGAGACAGACAGAGACCAAAGGAGAUAAAGACCCGCAAGCACGGGAAUCAGCAAAAACAGUCAGAAUUUUGUCAAAAGUGUACUUGGAGAGAGAACCAACAAAAGACUCUAAGCAAAUGUCAGAUACUUUUUCUUAA